UAUCUUGUCGUUUUCCUGUUGCUGAGGAUAUUACAUAAUAUGGCGGCUGUAAGCUGUUGAUGUAGGUCAGAGCCAAAACAUCGGAUCUGUCCUUUUUUUUUAAUACUAAAAUUGUAAUUUUUUUUCAUCUUGCUUGGCCGUACAGAUCUGUCGCUAACAUUCUUUUACAAUGGGAAUCAGCAGGAUACACAUUAGCAUAGGCUAUGCUAGCUGCGGGACUCUGUUUGGAUUCUCAGCCUUCUUGGUUUGGAAUAUCGCCUAUAAACAGCCAUGGACAGCGGCUAUGGGAGGCCUGUCGGGAGUCUUGGCGUUCUGGGUUCUAGUCACACACAUCAUGUACAUGCAGGACUACUGGCGCACCUGGCUCAAAGGCCUCAGGUUCUUCAUUGUUGUCGGAGUGCUCUUCUCAGUGCUGGCGGUAGCAGCCUUCUUUACCUUUCUAAGCCUGGCCAUCACGCAGAAACAAUCGCUGACCAACCCGAGGAGCCUUUACCUGUCCUGCGUUUGGAGCUUCCUGACCCUCAAAUGGUCCUUUCUCUUGGCCUUGUACUCUUACAGAUACCGCCAGGAGUUUGCUGACAUCAGCAUCCUCAGCGAUUUUUAGCCAGAAGGAUUUUUAUAGACUUCAGUGAAGGUUGAAGGAUUUACGAAUGCCAGCAGGAGCUGGACUCUGAGCUUUGUAACAACGAGGAGGAAAAGCAGACAUGGUUGUUUUGGAAGUCAGGUGGCUUUUACAGCAAGGAGAUGCACCUGUUACACUAGCUUAACGAGCUUUUAUCUUCGUCUUGUAACCUGUUCUCCUACCUAACCACGAGUUACAGCUGAAAGUCCAUGCUUGUACAGACUGGAUCCGGGCUCUGCUGGGAAUGAAGGGAAUUUUUCAGAGCAGAUUGCAUCUCUGGAUUGUUUUAUGACAAAACAAUUAGAGUGUAAGAAAAUCACCACCAUUUUGGCGUCAUAAUUCGGAUUUGACCACAAACCAAAACAAAAUGCUGAACAUGGAAGUGCACAUCUGGUUGGUUGAUUCCUUUUUAUUUUUUCUGUAGGAUCAUCUAAGAAAAUAACAUAAUAAUUAAUCAUCUUCCAUGGAUAUCUGGAAAGUAGAUGUUUAGAUGUCAGUGGUGCUGAAAUUGAAGUAAUUUUCAUAACCCCCCCCAAAAAAACAACGAAAACAUAAAGUUGAUGGUCCUGAUUCUAUUUUCUUUUGAUAUUUCACAGCGGGGAAAAUAAGUGUUAAAUAGAUCAAUGUUUUUUCUCCUUAAAUACUUUUCUAAUCACAGCGUUGGUAUUAAACUAAAACCAGCUGCUGAUAACAAGGGAAUUAAAAACAUACAAUACUUCAUUUAAAAAACCUUGUUUAGAUUAAAUGGUUGGUAAAGGCGCUUCUCGUUAGAAAAGCCUGUUCUUUUAGUAAUUUCAGCCUAGAAAGAAAGAAGCUAGUUCAUUGCUCAGGUGUUAUAUCUUUUUAAAUUUUAUUUUUUGCUCCAGCUCUUGAGCUAUUUUAGCCUCUGUUUUUUUUCUGUUCACAACUGUUUUAGACCCUAUUCUUUCUUAAAAAUCCUCCAAAUCUUUAUUCAUUCUUAUCCUGUAACAGUAAUAAUAAACUCUAAUUGACGACUAACCCAUAAAAACUGACAGGGUUGUCGGGAAUGUUUCUGGAGGCACUUCCUGCUUCUUUUCAUUUCAAGACAUGAGAAAUAAAAGCUGCUUUAAUGAUUCAGAGUAGGAUUUAAUGCUGCAGUCAGUAACUUUUUAGCAGUACUGUACUACAUGUUGCUCCCUUUAUUAAAAUUUCCAGUGCUGCCAUUCCUCUUAAUGUGAAUUUCCCAUCUGUUGGUCAAUAGAAAUCUAUUUGCUGAGAAUACAUUGACAUUUUUAAUGCCUAUUUUCCCUGAUGUAUGUUAAACUGUUGUUGUAUUCUGGUUGAAGGUUAUUGAUGCAUUAAAAGCAUAGGUAGGAACUAUCGUAUAAAAAACCCCCACCGGAUGAAUUGUUUGUGCGAUCACUCCACUGAUGCAUUAAAUAACAAAACAAAACAACUUGCAUGCAGGAUGUAGGGGAGGGGCAUUUCUGCAGGAUAUUUCCUUGCUUUCAUUUGUCUGUCGUCUGAUUCCUUAAAUGAGUUUGUGUAAUUUCCUGUAUGCUAUAUUUAUGUUUUCAACUCUGAGAGGUUGUGCAAAUUUUCCCUGACAAAAUGUCCACAAAUGAUUUUUUUUUGUAUUAUUUGGUAGAACUCUAGGCAGAUGCUGAAUCCACUCCAUGUUUUCUUAACCAACAGUACUGCAAUACUUUGAUUUUCGUACCUGUUCUUCUUUAGAGCAUCCAAAUGCAGUCCUUCCAUUCAUUUAGGGUCUCUUCACAACAGCCUACUUGUGUCUUUGGGGGAAAAAUAACUUUUUAAAGUUGAGGCACUAAUUUAAAGCUUUAUCUGAAAAUGUUCAUGUGAUCAAAUUUCUGAAUGAAACAUGUAUCAUCUACAUUUCAUGAAAAAUUUGCUUUUCUCUGUUUCUUCCACAAGAGGGAGACUUGCUUACAAGUGAGAAUAUUUUUUUCAGAUGUUAACAUUCCUGCUUUGGAGAAAUCACAAAUGGAUUUGACACAGAAUUGCACUUUAGUCUAUGACAUCAUGCCCUUGUUUUGCACACAGGCUUUGCACCCCUAUAAUGUAGUAAACCAAGCAUAUGUAAGGUUCAAUCUUCUAUCAGAUUGAUUUUACUGAUCAAGUUGAACUACUCUUUAUUGAUUUAGUUUCAGUUGUUCAUGUCUACCUUAAUUCUGAAACAUGUACAGUUUUUUUUUUUUUUUUUGUCGAUGAUUGCAUGUAAGAAUACUACAAGUACAAACCAAACACAUUAAAGAUGCAUUUAAUGUUAUUUCUGUCAUGUUAAGUCUUUAUUAAUAAAGCAAAGAUACAGCAGUGGGA